GUAAAAAAAGAUAAACAAGUCGUAUUACUCUAAAUUUUUACAAUAAUUUAACAUUGUCGUGUAAUUGAUUCGAUUUUAAGUAUUUGAAUUCUGUAGGUUUGUUUAUCCAACCUUCGUGAUUAAUCUUUAACCAUGGGAUGUGAUGGAGGUACGAUUCCAACUCGUGACGAACUAGUCAAAACCAAGAAGAAACCUGAACAGAAAGACAAGGCUGCCGAGUUGGCUGUGAAAUGGAAGCACUGUGCUAUCAGUUUGGAACCUUUACAAAAACCAAUCUUAGCUUGUGAAUUAGGUAGACUUUACAACAAAGAAUCAGUUUUAGAAUUCUUGAUUGACAAAAGUAAAUUUGAGUUUGCGAAUCAAUUUGAUCAUUUGAGAGGACUUCGUGAUUUGAAAGAACUGAAACUGUCUGAAAAUCCAGCUUAUAAAGGUAAUGUUGCUGAGAAAGGUGAUGCUUACAUUGAUACACAGACUUCAGAGUACAUCUGUCCAGUUGUUGGAAUUGAACUUAGUGGAAAAUAUAAGUUUUGUUAUAUUUGGAGUUGUGGGUGUGUGCUGUCAGAGAGAGCUUUGAAAGAAAUUAAAUCAGAAAUCUGUCAUAAAUGUGGGAAGACCUACGACAAAAAUGAUGUCAUUGUUUUAAAUGGAACUGAAGAUGAAGUGGACAUAAUGAGAGACAAUAUGAAUGAAAGACGUCAGAAAGCUAAAGCGGCAAAAUUAGCCAAGAAGGCAGGAAAACAUAAGGUUUCUACAGACACUUCACCAGAUGGACCACAGAGUAGCAAAUCUGCUAAAUUGGAUGAUCAAAAGGCUGGACCAUCCUCUAAAGAUAUUAAGUCUAAACUAUCAAAUGGGAAACCAGAUCUCAAAUCGAAAGCAACCAAUGGGAAAUUAGAGGAGAAAGAGGCUAAGAUUAAGAGUAUCCAAGAUAAUCCUAAUGUCAGUGCUACCUACAAAUCAUUGUUUACAACAUCUAGUAAAGCUAAGAAUCAGGAGAAAGCUCAUUGGGUUACUUUUAAUCCCAUGUAUUAUUAGACCAGACUUUUAAUUCUGAAGAAUUUUUAAUUUUGACUUUUAUUGUGAAUUGAUAACAAAUAAAAAAGAUUUGUGGAUUGUAGCACAUCAUGACUGUGUCAAGUCUGAAAUUGAUGCUGACCAGAUGAACCAAGUAGGUUCCAUCAGGUUACGUUUUAACAUGUUGGAAUACAACCUAUUUUUAUGAUAUUUUUAAAAUAGGGUACAAAAAAAAAUUAGAUAAAAGCUUGGAAGAUGAUCAAAUAUGAUGAUGGUUGUUAAUAUUUUUUUUAAUAUAUAGUAAGCUUAUGGUUUAUCUUUGGAAAUGUAUGGAUGCAGUCUGAAGAUUGAUAGGUGAAACUCUGAGUAACAACAUGUUUCAGGUUCUGUUUUAAUAUUUCUUUCUACAUGUUCUGAGUUGAGAACUAUUUUAACAGUGAAAAUAUUUGUUAUUAUUAUUAGAUAAAUAAAUGUAUUUUUGUACGUCUUGUUUCUAUCUAACUUGGACAUGUUGGAAUAAAGGUUCUAAUCAAUGAUUCCAUUCCUCCUUUGAGAUAAAAGCAGUUAAAAGCC